ACCUGCCUUGGCCUCCCAGAGUGCCAGAGUGAGCCACUGCGCCUGGCCUUGCUCACAGCUCUUACUGGGCAGCAGUAGUCUACAAAAGACCAGCAGUGCUGGGCCUGAUGGUGGCAUGGCCAGGGCAUCAGGCUGGCUGUGGACAAUGCUCUCUCUGCUGGGCAUGGAGGAUGGUACUGGCCAGCCCUCCCCUUACCUGGAGGGUGGCACCAAGGAACAUUGGGGCAAAGGCUGGACCUGAGUACAGCCCACACCUCUACACACCUAGGCCCAGGCCCGGAGCCAACUGAGUCAGCAAUGGAUAGGCAGAUAAGCCGAGUGGUCAGUAGGAGCUCCAGCCCAGGCCAUGCAGCAUAGAGGCUGGGCCUGAGGCAAGGAACCCAGCCUGGAGGGCCUUUGCCCACACUGGCUAUACCCUGUCCCCUGGGCAUGGGGCUUUGGAGUAUAGGGGCUUUGAGCCAGGUUGGGGGAUGGUCCUUAGAAGAGGUGAGCCCUCCUCCACUCACCUGGCCAAGGAUGUCUAUAUCCAGUCUAUGUCUGGGUGGGGGUCAGUGAGGGCCUUGUCCAGGGAGCCCAUAGAUAUGGGGUCGAGGAGGAGACCCACAGGUACACACAUCAGCACCCAUGUUCCCUCAUACAUGUGUAGGUGGGGCUCAGCACAUUGGUGCUUGCUUGCCUGCUAUCAUCUGGCCUGGACAGAGGGACCAGGUGGGCUGCCCACUGCCUGGAUGUGUUGCUAAGUCCCUCCACUGCUCGCCUUUGAGCCUCCUGAGGUCUUAUAGGUGUUGGCUGGAGUAAGGGGUAAGCCUGCCUCUGGCUGACCUGUGUGAGAUCCAGACCCAAGACUGUACAUUCCUCAGGCCUUCCAUCACCCUUGCCUCUGGGCACUGACAGUUCACCAGGGAGCCCAGAGUGACCUCAGUGCUUGGAUAUUCCCAGGAGCCCUUGGGAGGAUGUUCUCAGAGCAGUGGUGGGGACCCAGGCCACUUCCUGGAGGAACAUGUGACCCAGAGUGAUGAUCUUGAUGGAAUCUGGGGCCCAUCCUGCAUGCCUAGGCUGGGGUUCACAGGGGCCCCCAUAGAGCCCCCAUUUGCCAUUGAGUCCCCAUACUCUCACAGAGUUCCCAUACCUCCAAGGAGUACCCUGCAUACACAUGGAACCACAACCACACAGGGCCCAUACAUCAGCCUCUCAUAAAGCCCCCACUCACCUGAAUUCCCAUCACCCAAUCCCCUGGGCCCUGACCCCACCUCAUAGUCUUGGCCUAUUCCUGAACCCAGGGUACCCCCUUCCCCAUGGCAGGGUCCUGGCCCUUGGGCUCCCCACACUGUAGCCCCCACAAGAGUCCAGGCCUUGGUACCAGGAUGCCAGGGAACAAUACUGAGGGUAGGGGCCCAUGGGCCUGGGGCCGCAACUGAGAUGGUGGUGGCUCCCUGAGGUCACUCUAUGGGGUGGCUAGGCCCUCUGCCUCACCAGGAUGGGGCUCUGCUCCCAGACAUACCACUGUGACACCCCCAUAUCUUAGUCCUAGGCCCACACCCAACAGUGGGAACCCCUGGCCCCUGAGUUUGACCUGCUCUUGCAUUGAGGUUCACUGUGCCUGACUGGACAGCAGAGAUGUUUCAGAGAGGCAUGGGGAGGGGCUGGGGCUAUACCAGGCCCUCAUGCACACGGUGGGCCACAGGGACAGUGGUGUCAAUGACCUCUUUCUGGGGUUCAGGUAGGGUUCCUGCCAAGAGGCCCACUCAGGAUCCCAGGGGCUCACAGAGACCUGGAACAGGGCAGAUCUGCUUCCAGAGGGGCAAGAGGGGCUUUGUUCAGGCAUCCAGACCUACCCAGGCUACAGAGCUGGGCACUGACCUGGCCCCACCCAGCUCUGACCCUCAGCUGAAUCCCGUCUGUGAGGGAGAGGACAGGCCAGCCAAUCCCUGAGGCCCCAGACCGCACCCCUGGCCAGCCUGACCUGGAGGGUAUAAAUAUACCUGCCAGGGCACCUCAGACAGCUUUGUACCUGGGAGAGCACAACAUUCCCUGCCUCCACCCCCACCCCCACACCUGGUAUAGAGCAGAGGCAGUGCCUGCCAGACCAGUGCCACAGGACAGCAGCUGGCAGCCACUCUGUGGAGAGAGACCUACCAGGUGUAGCACAGGCUGCCGGUCCUGGAGGAGAGGGAGUGAGCCCUGCUGGAGCCAGGAAGCCCAGAACUUUACAGCUUAAUUGUGGAUGGCCAAGAAGACAAUGCUCAGAACCCACUGACCCCUGGCUGCCAGUGCAGAGCCAUGUCAUCAGGCCCGCAUGUAUGGCACACGGCUGUACCACCCCCUGGCCGAAGCAACUCCACAGCCUCUGGGCCCAGUUCCCCCAGCUCACCUGGCUCGGAGAAGGUGGCCUCUCCACUGGAGUGCUCCAUCUGCUUCUCAGGCUAUGACAACAUCUUCAGGACACCCAAGGAGCUUACCUGCACCCACGUCUUCUGCCUGGAGUGUCUGGCCCGGCUGGCAGCUGCCCAGCCAGCAGGCCACCCUGGCAGUGAGGCUGUACCCUGCCCAUUCUGCAGGAAGCCUACGGCCUUGCCACCUGCCGGGGCCCCAGCACUGCGUACCAGUCGCCAGCUGCAGGCCCGGAUGCCAGUGCACCUGAGGCAUGAGGAGCCAGUGUGGCUGGAGGGCACAAAGCUUUGCUGCCAGCCUCCACCUGCUACUCCUGGCCACACUUCUGGCUUCAUGUGUGUGGAUGUGGGCUUAAGAAAGCCCUCUGAGACCACCAUGCCUGAACCAGCCCCUGCUCCUGUCCGACAUUGGGCCUGCCUGGCCCGCUGCUGGGCACGCUGUGGGGACUGGAGGCGCAUGGCCCUGGUCUCAGCCCUGCUGCUGCUGCUCUUCUGCCUGGUGCUCUGGCCCGUGCAGUGUGCACUUAAGACCGGAAGCCUGCGCUGCCUACCCCCACGACCCACAGCCACAGCCAGUGCCUUCUCCCUUAGGCCUUUGGCCAAUGACUAGGGUCACCAGCCUGUGCCCAGGUUAGCCAUCCCACCCAGCUCCACAGUGAGCCCCCCACUGACAAGGCUCAAGGACACAGCAGCCACUGGAAACCUGUCCUCAAGAGAGAGCACAUCUUAGAGGACCCCAUCUGGGCCCCACCAAGACCUGUAUCCCAUUCAGCUGCCCCUCACCCUUUGAGGCCAGGUCCUGAUGGGAUGUACAAAAGGAUCCCCAAAGCCUUGAAGAACCACAGGAUGCCCCGGGCUCAGGAGAGGAGUCCAGACCCUCCCUCCCCUCCCUGUGCUGACUUUUUACCCCCAGGCAGGGCUGGCCCCUCUGUUGGGUGGGGCUGUCAGUCUUGCCCUCCAAAAAGACUGAGGGACAGAGAGUGGAGGCAGGGCAGUCUCCCAGUGUUGAGAUGACUGUAUAAACUUCCUAGAUGCUCCUCUCAGCUUUGAGAGUUGUAGGUUUUAAAAUAAAUUAUUUG